CUGCAUUGGAACAGCAAGAAGGAAAAGUAAUUUCCCGAAAAACUAUUAGUCAUACUCUUCAGAAAUCUAACCUGUUCAUACGUGUUGCUCGCACAAAGCCCUUCAUUAAUAGCAAAACUAAAAAAGAGCAUCGAGAUUGGGCAGAAGAGCAUCUUCACUGGGCGACCAAAGAAUGGAAGAAUGUUCUUUGGUCAGAUGAAAAGUAUUUUUGUUUAAUUCAUCCUAAUCCACACCAGUACAUAUGGAGAAUGCCAUACGAAGAGUUUGAUGAUGAUUGCCUUGUUCCGGCAAUUAAAUCUAAAGGGGUUAUGAUGUGGGGAUGUUUUUCUUGGUGGGUUUUGCCCUCUUGUCCGUCUCCAUAG